CGUUCACCACACGCCUAUCCUAUCUUAUCUGAUAGCGAGCUGUGCUCUCGUCACCUUUUCUUUUUUCUUCCUUUCUUCUUCUUCCCUCAACUCCUCACUGCUUCGAGUCUCUGAGAGAACUUGAGCAACCUCCCCCCAAGAGAGCAUCGCCAUGGCUUCAACUGCUGUGCCCCAGCCUGCAGAGGCUCUUCUCCGGCGCAAUGUGACCGACUCAACUGAGUCCUCUGCUGCCGUGUCCCCCAUGGACUCCCCCAGACCGUCGGCUUCGUCCACGUCUCUGUCGUCCAUGUCCUCGGUCGACGUCAAUGCCAGUGCCGGCGUCAAGGCUACCGACUUUGGCCGCCUGGUCGAUACGUACGGCAACGAGUUCAAGGUGCCCGACUUCACUAUCAAGGAUAUCCGCGACGCCAUCCCCAAGCACUGCUUCAAGCGAUCCGCCCUCAAGGGAUACUCGUACAUCAUCCGCGACAUCAUCUGCCUGGCCACCACCUUCUAUGUCUUCCACAACUACGUGACCCCUGAGAACAUCCCCUCAACCCCCGCCCGCGCUGGUCUCUGGGCCGUCUACACCAUCCUGCAGGGUCUCUUCGGCACCGGCCUCUGGGUCAUUGCCCACGAGUGUGGCCACGGCGCCUUCUCCGACUCUCGCCUCAUCAACGACAUCACCGGCUGGUUCCUCCACUCGGCCCUGCUGGUGCCCUACUUUAGCUGGCAAAUCUCCCACCGCAAGCACCACGCUGCCACCGGCAACAUGGAGCGCGACAUGGUCUUCCUCCCCCGCACUCGCGAGCAGCACGCCAGCCGCAUUGGCAAGAUGGUGCACGAGCUGUCUGAGCUGACCGAGGAGACGCCCGUCUACACGCUCUUCAUGCUGGUCAUGCAGCAGCUUGUGGGAUGGCCCAACUACCUGCUCACCAACAUCACCGGCCACAACUUCCACGAGCGCCAGCGCGAGGGCCGUGGCAAGGGCAAGCACAACGGCAUUGGUGGCGGCGUCAACCACUUCGACCCGUCCAGCCCUCUGUACGAGGCCAAGGAUGCCAAGCUCAUCGUCAUGAGCGACAUUGGCCUGAUCAUUGCCUUCAGCACCCUCUACUACCUCGGCAACACCUUUGGCUGGUACAACUUGGCCAUCUGGUACUUUGUCCCGUACCUCUGGGUUAACCACUGGCUCGUUGCCAUCACCUUCCUGCAGCACACCGACCCCUCGCUCCCUCACUACACUGCCGAGGAGUGGAACUUUGUCCGUGGCGCUGCCGCCACCAUCGAUCGUGAGAUGGGCUUCAUCGGCCGUCACCUGCUGCACGGCAUCAUCGAGACCCACGUCCUGCACCACUACGUGGCCACGAUCCCCUUCUACAACGCCGACGAGGCCACCGAUGCCAUCCGCCCCGUCAUGGGCGAGCACUACCGCUCCGACACCAAGGACGGUGCCAUUGGCUUCAUCCGUGCCAUGUGGACAAGCGCUCGCAUGUGCCACUGGGUCGAGCACAGCGCCGAGGCCAAGGGCCCUGGAAAGGGCGUCUUGUUCUUCCGCAACCGCAACGGUCUGGGAACCAAGCCCAUGGUCAUGGCCAAGCCCGAGUAAGAUUUGGGCGGCAUGAAAGCAUAAAAGUGUUAGACUCUUGCGUUUGCGUUUGUGUGUGCGAGUGGUAUGUGGUAUACUGCAGCAGAAAAGGUAGACUUCUUUUUUUGUUUCUUAUGGCAGGCUUGAAAUGAUAUCUUUUUUUGCUAGCCCAGUGGAACCACGGGUCGCGGAGCUUGAUGUGUCGCACGAGCCAUCAUCUCUGAAGAGGAUCUUGAGACUUGGUCAAGUCAGUCAGAUAUAAAAAGAAGGAAAAAAAGAUCAUAUAGAGCUGGAUGUAUAUGAAAAGAUACCAAUAGAGACAUCCUACAGACC